CGAAAGAGUCCAACAGAACCGAAACCAUCAUGACUUACUCACUCUUGAAGUCUAAGUUGUAGUGUAGUGUUUUUGACAUUUGAAUCAUGAUUUGAGUGAUUUGUUAAACUUCGAUUUCCAUCGUGCUGCCUCCACCUGGAUUGCCAUGGAUGCUUUGGCAUUAUUGUCAGAAGAAGACGACGAUGUUGAAGAUGAGGAGGAGGAAGCGCCAGACGAUGAAGCAGAGGUGAAGGUUGACUUCGGGAGCUUGCAACGUGUUGGCUAUGAAGGGAACAAAGCAUUGAGUGAAACAGACAUGUACAGACGUGCUGGCCAAGAGGCUCCACCGAUCGUAGCAGCGCCCGUUCCUGCAGCAAUACCAGCUGAGGUGGCCGAGUCAGAACCAGUUGGCUCCCAGGUGCAGGAGGAUUUGAAAGCCCUAGAAAAGGCAAAGCUUCGCGACCGCAAGCGAGCGGGUGUGCAAGAUGGUGAAAGUGUCCGCAAAAAGAACUCUCGAAAAAUGAAGCUCGGCCAGGCAACCUUUUCUUUGAAGGAUGACCGUGACUGCGUGAAUCCCUUCAUCGAUGCAUCGACUGCAUCACAUGUCAAAGGAUAUAGCGGAAAGCGGGUAGACAAGAGAGCAUCGGUGAAGCAGAUUAGCAAUUUGGACUUCACGUCGUGAGUGGUGAACGCGGGUGCUCGAUUUGGUUUCCCUCUGAAAUUAGCCAACUUUAGUGGCACCAGUGUACAAAGGUUCGGCAUCUUGCCGUUUUUAGAGCUCCACAGCGGUCAAAGUCACCGAUGCGUCACUAUGGCGCACGCUGCCGGCAAGGUAGGACUUCGGAUCUCGCAGGAAAA